AUGGAGACUUACAUUAUUAUCGGUGGAAUUUGUGCUGUCUUACUGGUUGGAAUACACUUUCUCCGUUCCUAUCUGUCUGGAACCAAAUGCCUGUUACGUCAGCGUUUAGAUGGCAAAGUUAUCGUUCUCAUUUGCGAGAGCCUGGAUCUGGCCUCAAUUCCAUCGAUCAAGAAUUUCGCAGAACGACUCUCACAACGCGAACCGGUGAUCCACAUGCUGAUCAAUAAUGCCGGUGUAAUGAUUGCCGAUUUCGAAUUGACCGAGUACGGGUUCGAGAAAAAUAUGGGCGUGAAUCAUUUGGGACACUUUUUGCUCACUCAUUUGCUCAUUCCGCGACUAUGUGCUGCCAGCGGGGCCAAAGUGAUCAAUGUGUCCUCGGACAGUCAUUAUUUCUCUCGAAUCAAUAUUCGUGAUUUGAACAAACCGAUGCAUGGCUCGUACUACGCGCACAGUAAACUGGCCAUGGUGAUUCACGCUCGUGAACUGUCACGUCGUUAUGCGAAUCAGGGCCUGACUGCGGUCAGUCUUCAUCCGGGUUUGGUCGGCACGGAAUUAUUCCGACAAUCGAACAUAUAUAAUGCAAGUUGA